GCGUUGGACACAAUUUCUUUUCCUGUUUUUAAUUACGUAUUAGAAUCGUUAGCAACAUACUUUACCGUACCCUCUAGCUGUGUUAAACUGCAUUAGGCAGUAAGGUCACAGAUAUUAGAGGGAAUGCCUCUCUCUGAUCGGUCGAGCUCCGACGGGGACAGGGGCUCCCGCAGUCCUCGGGCCCGGAGACCCCGGACACGAUCCCGAAGCCGAAAUCGCAGCAGAGACCACAGCUUGUCUCCGGACAGCUUCGGGCCCAAACUCCCGAAACCCCGCAACAAAGAGAGGGAGCAAGAGGAGCGGGAGCGUCGAUUUAAAGAGGCGAGAAAUAUCAGAAGAAUCCGCAUCGGGAGUCCCGGUCUGAGCCGGUCCAGAUCCAGAUCCAGGUCCAGAGAACGUCACAACAACGGCAGCAACCACAGCCACUGGUCCGAGCAGCGGGACGGAAAACAUGGAGGAUUCAAAGAUGACUAUUAUUACCAGCAGCAGAGGGACGAUGUUCAGAGGCAGAGACAGGAGGCUUUUAUUGCCAGGCGUCUGCAGGAACGGGAGCGGAUUGGUGAGCUUGGUUGUCCUGAAGUCUGGGGAUAUUCUCCAAGAGUGAAAGAACCAGACUCUGAUGAAUUUACACCAGUUGAAGAAGACGAGAAAAACAGCAGCUCAGAUUUGAGCUCAGAAGAGGAAAAGAAGAAGAAAAAGAAGAAGAAAAAGAAGUCAAAGAAAAAUAAAACCAAAAAACACCCAGAGGACCGCGAGUUGGAGUCCGAUUCAGAGGAAGAAGUAAAGAAGAAGAAAAAGAAGAAGAAGAGUAAGAAGUCUAAGAAGUCCAAGAAGAAGAAGUCCAAGAAGAACCAGAAAGAGUCCAGUGACUCAAGCAGCGAGGAGUCAGAAGAAGAGGAAGAAGAGACCGGCGGACUGAUGUGGGUGGAGAAAACUGGAACCGAUGAAAACAUUGUUGGUCCAGAGGCUCCGCUCACUCACAUGUCGCAGGAUGACAAACCGCUGGAUUUUGGUCAUGCGCUGUUGCCGGGUGAAGGUGCUGCUAUGGCAGAGUACGUGAAAGCGGGCAAACGAAUCCCAAGAAGAGGAGAAAUCGGCCUCACCAGCGAUGAGAUCGCAAACUUUGAGAAGUCCGGUUACGUCAUGAGCGGCAGCAGACAUCGGCGUAUGGAGGCUGUGCGUCUGAGAAAGGAAAACCAGAUCUACAGCGCAGAUGAAAAGAGAGCUCUGGCCUCCUUCAACCAGGAGGAGAGGAGGAAGAGGGAGAGCAAGAUCCUGUCGAGUUUCAGAGAGAUGGUGUAUAGAAAAACCAAAGGCAAGGAGGAGAAAUGACUGCUCUAUUGUUCCCUGCUGCUGGAAGGACCUGCUUUGUCUGGUGGCUUAAAGUGUUGACUCUUAUUUCUCAGUCUCAUUGAAGUGAGGGACAAUUUUAAGCAUAAAAGAAAAAAAGAAAUAUGGAAGUUCUUUUAUUUUUUGGGUUAUUCAAAAUCCACAUUAAUAUAAAAAAAAUAAAAGACCUGUUUCUCUUUACAACUGUUUUCAGUGACAUUAUGCUAAGGAAAUGUCAAAAAUUCCU